CCAACAUCCCUUGUUAUACGAUCCAUAAUGACGGCACCAUCGCCACUUUGUUCAAACGAUUUAAAAGCAAAUAGCAGCAACCGAUUCGACUGCAGCAGCAUAAAUUUAGUCAGUGAGAAUAUUUUGGGAGUUAUGGGCACCAGCGCAAGUUUGAUUGCAGUGCCCGGCGGCAGUGGCGAGGCGGGUAAUGGGAAUAUUACUAAUCUGCCAGAUAAUUUGCUGGAUUUUGAGCUCGAUCCAUUGGAGCGAGUGGUAUCUGCUAUUGUUCCUGCGUUUUUUGGUAUCAUAGGCGUCGCAGGACUACUUGGUAAUGCACUGGUUAUAUUUGUGGUCGCUGCCAAUCAACAAAUGCGCUCCACCACCAACCUACUUAUCAUCAAUCUAGCCGUCUCCGACAUACUCUUCGUUGUAUUCUGUGUGCCAUUCACCGCCGCCGAUUAUGUGCUGCCCACGUGGCCUUUUGGGGAUUUGUGGUGUAAAUUCGUACAGUAUAUGAUUGUGGUCACCUGUCAUUGCAGUGUCUAUACUCUGGUGCUGAUGUCAUUCGAUCGGUUUUUGGCAGUUGUGCAUCCGGUCACGAGUAUGUCAUUGCGUACCGAACGUAAUGCGAUGCUGGCUAUUCUCUGUGCCUGGGUGCUCAUUAUCACUACAGCCAUUCCAGUGGCUUUGGCUCAUUCUGUACGCCUCUACUAUUUCAAAGGACGUAAUUACACAGCUUGCGUUUUCUCCACCGAAGAGAGAGCUUGGAGUUUAAUCGGAUUUCAGAUAUCUUUCUUUAUAUCGUCGUACGUUGCACCACUGACUUUGAUUUGCUUUCUCUAUAUGGGUAUGUUGGCGCGUCUGUGGAGAAGCGCACCUGGAUGUAAGCCAUCCGAGGAGUCAAGAAAAGGUAAACGACGCGUGACACGGAUGGUUGUUGUGGUGGUAUUGGCAUUCGCCAUAUGUUGGCUCCCUAUACAUAUAAUUCUUGUCAUGAAAGCUUUGGAAUGGUAUCCUGGCACACAUGUUUCUGUAAUAAUACAAAUCAUCUCACAUGUUUUGGCAUACAUGAACUCCUGCAUUAAUCCUAUAUUGUAUGCCUUCUUAUCAGACAAUUUUCGGAAGGCAUUCAGGAAGGUUGUUGGCUGUGGCAAUCAGCCGCUUUUCCCGAUGGUACAUCAAGUUACAAGAACAACACGUACCACAGGCAAUGCAACGUCCAACGCCGACAUCCUGUAAAGAGAACCACACACUCGCAUUAAAACAUGCAAAUGUAUAUACAAAUGUAUA